UAUUUCUCUAGGGUUUUCGAUUUCUGCAGGGAAGGUCACUUCAUUUAGGUCUCCCCAGGCUAAACCUGCAUCUUAACUUUGUGCCUUUGUACCCUGGCCUGCUCUAGAGAAGGAAAUUCUGGGAACUCAGAGGAAUUAACAGGUCUGUCUGCCAGCUAGCUCAGGGAGGACCAGAAGGAACAAGUGAUCCUGCACUGGUUUGUUCCUGCCUCAGCUGUGGCCCCAAACAGCAUUGUGGGGUUUGUGUGCUUUAACUAAUCCUUGAGAAAAGCAAGCUGGAGAUGGUGGACCAUCUUGCAAACACUGAGAUCAACAGCCAGCGCAUUGCUGCUGUGGAAAACUGCUUUGGGGCUUCUGGACAGCCUUUAGCUGUGCCAGGAAGGGUCCUUCUAGGAGAAGGGAUUUUAACCAAAGAAUGCCGCAAGAAACCAAAACCUCGGAUAUUCUUCCUCUUCAAUGACAUCCUUGUCUACGGCAGCAUAGUCAUCAACAAAAGGAAGUACAAUUCCCAGCACAUCAUUCCCCUUGAAGAUGUCACUUUGGAGACGCUGCCAGACACUCUACAGAUGAAGAACCGCUGGAUGAUUAAAACCUCCAAGAAGUCCUUUGUGGUUUCUGCAGCCUCCCUGACGGAGAGGAAGGAGUGGAUCAGCCAUCUGGAGGAGUGCAUCAGGCACCUGCUGACAAAGACGGGCCGGCAGCCCUCCACGGAGCAUGCGGCUCCCUGGAUUCCAGACAAGGCAACGGAUAUCUGCAUGCGCUGCACACAGACCAAAUUCUCCACGCUCACACGAAGGCACCACUGCCGCAAGUGUGGCUUUGUUGUCUGUGCAGACUGCUCCAGGCAGAGGUUCCUGAUGCCCCGGCUGUCCCCCAAACCCCUGAGGGUUUGCAACCUGUGCUACAGGCAGCUGCUGGCAGAAAAGAAGAAGGAGGCGGAGGCAGACUGCAGGCAGCAGGAGCCAAUCUGCUCUGCCGUCCCAGGCUAUGAACCCUCCAGUGGUGAUGACAGCGACAAGUCUGAUGAUGACAAAGCUGACCAGUGGCCAGCAGACACUGAGUUCUAUACCUCAGACGUAUCCUGGUCAUCUUUCCAUAGCUGACCUCCUAGGGUCACCUCCUAGGUGGCAUUUAGGCAUUGUGAAACCAACUUUUGGCCUCCAAUGCACAUCCUUCUUGAUGUUUUCCCUGGAAGCUGUGCCUAGGAUGGUGGAUCUUAGCCCCUGUGUGGGGUGCCUGUAUGGGGAGCAAUAAUGGGAUUACCCCUCUGAGAAUGUGUCUCAUAUGACACGAGUGAAGAGAGCAACAGCUCAGUGAAGAACACAGACUUGGGCAGAGACCUGCAGAUCAGGCUUGGCCAAGUGAGCUCAACCUUUGGUGCCUUAGUCUUCCUGUCUCUAAAUACAGAGCAAUACUGACUUCUUUUCUUAAAUGCUUUGAGAUUGGCUCUUGGGAGAGAAAGGGGCAAGAAAUCAUAAACACUUGCCUGCUAGCAGUGUGUUGCUCUAUCAUGGCAAGGUGUGUUCCAACUCCUGUUCCACAUGAGCAUUGCAUGUACAUCAGAGAUGCUCAGUGCAAGCCUGCCAGCCUGAGGGGAUAGUUGCUCAUCAUGGUAAGGUUGCACAGGCUUCCACUUCUACAAGUGGGUCUCUCAACUUGGAAACACUAAGGGAAUAGUGCUCCAAAUGCAGGGAGCUCAUGCAAGGCUCAGUGUGAGCCACCUUAGUAAAGCACUGGAUCAUUCAGCAAUCUCACAUGGAAGGAGGCCAUUUUGAUGGUACCAGGACAGGAGGCAGAAAGGAAAGGGGAAGGGGAUGGGUAAAAUUAUGCAGAGGAGUGAGUUGAGGAGGGGAGAGACUUACUGCACUUUACUCAACUAAGUGCCCAGCCCUAGAUCUCAAAAAUGGGCUGUUAAUCUACAAUUACCAGCAACUUAAUGAACUCAAGCCUAUCAGGUAAAAGGGUAGCGCAGGGAAGACUUGUUUAAUCUUGAAAAAUCCAGGAAAAUGCCCCAAGUUAAGAUCCUGUGAAGUACUGCACUUCCACUUCUCUCCUGAGCAGGAGCCCAAGGCAUUGCAUGAGACUCACCUGUGGGCUCACCUAAUGUCUCACAAACCCAGAGUUAAGAUCCUUUAUGUAGUUCCAGGAUUGGAGCCCAAGACUUUACAGUUCACUUGAAUUCAACUUUAAAGUUCAAAUUAAGUUAGAAAUAAACCAUGUUUAUUCAAGUAUUUUAUCAUACUGUAGCAUGGGAGUAAAAAAAAAUCAGACAACAGCAAUUGUUUUGCAGCAGAUUUUCUACAAACUCAUUAUUACUUUGAUUACAUUUUUUGUAUUGUGUAUUUUAUGCUCUGGAAAAGGAACAUGGCUGGGAGUACAUUGCCAGUGUAAUAAACUGUUUCCUUACCAUGACCUGUUCCAAACAGUGCGUCGCCUGCCAGAUGGCCAGACUUAGGCUUUUUUAGAUUUUGAUUCAAAGUAAUCACUUUUACUGUCUUUUGUAAACUGCCACUGUUUUGAUGAACUUGUAUGGGUAGACUGUGUGCAAAUAAAGAUACGGCCAACAGGAAGAAAUCAGAACAAAUAUGACAAUAAAUGUGUUGUUAUUUAAUAAGAGCCUUAAAGAGGAGCUGGGAUUCAGGCCUGGCUGGCUAGCCCUUAGCUGUGAGGUGAGUCCAGUAGGUUUCUAUUUACUGCUCCUGAGGUAAGCAUGAGUGAAAAAAAAGAAAGCCAAAUCUGAUGCUUCCUUUCUAUUUAUACCAUGUUAUCAUUUAACCUACUUUUCCCAAGUCUUUUGCAAUCCCCUGCAGUAGUCUGUGUUAACUAAAAUGGUAUUUUUCCGGUGGGGCCGCAUCUUGGAGUGGGUCAACAAACCUUAUGACCUAAGCAGAUGUUUUUAGGUUUUAAAGCAGUAAGUACAGUGAGUUCUGUUUUUACCAUCCCUCUCCAAGCUUAGUUUAUAGCUCUGCACAGCAGUGAUUGUUUUUAUAAUGCCUCCCACCCACCAGAAGGGUGUACAUGCUAUGCAAACAGAAAAUGACCUUAAAAUAAACAGCCAUUAGAAUGGUUCACAGGUCAAAAAUAGCCCAGCUGCUGAAUCCACAUCCAAAGCCAGCAUUCCAGUUCCCUGCUCCUGGGGUAAAACUCCCAAUUCCUUCCUAGUAACUGGCUCCAGAAAUAUAUUCCAGUUUUGAGCUACUUAGUUUUCUUACAGAUCAGCUUUUCUUUAUCUUACAUGUCCAAAGAUCUUACUAUUAUCAGCGCCAAAAGAGCUAUAAACUGUUUUUAUCUACUAAUGAAGGCCAGGCACACCUCUAGCAAAUGCUUUCUUGUUGA